AUGGCUUCACUUCGAAAUCAUAUAAAAAUUCAUGAUGAUACCAUUGACAAACUUUUAUGGAAAAUCACUGAAGAAAAAGAGAAAAAUAGGUGUAUUUUAUGUCAGUCAAAUGAAGACCACCUUGCAAGAAAAAGUCUAAUAGAACUAGAUGUCCAACUUGAAGAUGAUGAAGGUGAAAUAGGAAUAGAUAGUCAGCUUGAAGGUGACGAAGAUAGAAUAGGAAUAGAUAGUCAGCUUGGAGAUGACAAAGAUGGAAUAGGAAUAAAUAGUCAGCUUGGAGGUAACGAAGGUAGAAUAAAAAAUCAGCUUGGAGAUAAUGAAGGUGGAAUACUUGGAGAUAAUAAAGAGGAUAUUUUAGAAAUGGAAGAAAUAAAUAAUCAAGUAACA